AUGCCUCCUCCACCUGAAGCAAGAACAGUGGACAUGGACACGGACUCAGAAGAUGAGUUUGACGAUGGCACAGAUUGGUUGGAUGGUCCCGCUGCUCUUUCACAGUUUAAGGCAGUGGAAAAAUACUCGUUUGUGCUUGCAGCAUCCAGCGGUAUCUAUUUACGUGCACCCUACCUACGUGAACUCCCGACUCGGUUGGACCCACUGGGAGCGGCGCCGGUGACGAGGAUGAAUACCACGCGGGAUACCGGGCAGAGUUGGCGCAGCGAUACCGAAUACAAGCGAAAAGUUACGGUGGAGGUUGACUCUUCUUCGACGCUCCAAGGCAAGGGCAGUGGGAUUGAGCACGAUGACUAGCCGUGGGAUCCCAGUGGAUGCGUGCGUGAUAGCAUUGGCGUCGGGAUGGCAGGAUGGCGGGCGAGGCACGAGGGGGCGGGACGGCGCGAGCAGCGACCCCCUUGUUGUAAUACCUCCCUAAUACAAACGAUUCACAGCGAUACCCAUCAAUAACUCAUUCAAUACUAUUAGAUCUGUACCGAUACCAUUUUCUAGGCCG